UACAGGGAUGACCAGAGACUGCGGACACAGUACAGGAGAUGACCAGAGACUGCGGACACAGUACAGGAGAUGACCAGAGACUGCGGACACAGUACAGGAGAUGACCAGAGACUGCGGACACAGUACAGGAGAUGACCAGAGACUGCGGACACAGUACAGCGGAUGACCAGAGACUGCGGACACAGUACAGGGGAUGACCAGAGACUGCGGACACAGUGCAGGAGAUGACCAGAGACUGCGGACACAGUACAGGAGAUGACCAGAGACUGCGGACACGGGAUGACCAGAGACUGCGGACACAGUACAGGGAUGAUCAGAGACUGCGGACACAGUACAGGGAUGACCAGAGACUGCAGACUGCACAGGGAUGACCAGAGACCGCGGACAGCACAGGGAUGACCAGAGACUGCGGACAGCACAGGGCCGCGGAGUUGUUCUUUCAUCUUACCUGUUCCUCUAUCCAGCCGCGUGCUGUCUUCCCGGCUUCUGUAAUGGCGCUCGGCAUGACAGCCGGGUGCCCAAUGCGCAUGAGCGAGAAGCACUUGCGCUUUGUGAUUGGUCCGGCGGCUUCUGGGAUCUGUCAUGUGUCCCAGGUGCCGCCUUACCAUUCACAAAAAGCACCGCUUCCUGCGCAUGCGCACUUGGCACCCGGCUGUCAUGCCCACACUACAGAAGCCGG